AGCUAAAUUAAGCACCGUCGUGAAAGCCAUCAAAACAAGUGAACACAGUGGGAUACCCAGAAUUGUUCGACUAUUUACUACGAAAUAUACAUACAAACAAGUGCACAUCGGCGUUUAUAUGUGUCUGCAGAUUAUAUAGUUGAAGGGUACGAAAUUAACAGGAAAAACAAAUAAACAAAUAAAAGCGCAAUAAUGUUGGCCAGCGAAAGUUUACCUACACAUUACAAUGAGUCUAUAUUUAAAAAGCAUUUGAAGAACAUUGAAGAACUGGCAGGCGUUGCAACUGCGACUGCAGCUAAAACGGAAGCGAACUCGAGUGCAGCAGCAACAACGGCGCCUGGCAGUCCUAGUACUUGUAUUGCUGUUAGUAAGAGCAGUACUGGUGCUUGUGAAGACAGCAAAGUGGCAGCCAUGAAGACAAAUCUCAACAACGGUACAACAUUAGCGAUCACAAAACCAACAAAUGGAGUGAAUGGCAUUGAUGAUAGCAAUAAGAUCAACAAAAUGACAACACUUCCAUCGCCAAAUUUCGUACCUGGUCAUCCUGAGGCGAAAUUUGAAAACUUCCUACGGAGUUGUGUUGAUGAAAUUAUAAAAUCGGCAGUGUUUCAGGGCACAAAUCGUGCCACUAAAGUGGUGGAAUGGCAUGCACCGAGUGAGUUGCAACAAUUGUUCGAUUUUAGUUUGAAAGCGGAACCGGAAACGAAUGCAAAAUUAUUCGAUUUAUUGAAAGCAACUAUUCAGUAUUCGGUUAAGACAGGCCAUCCAUAUUUUAUAAAUCAACUCUAUUCGGGUGUAGAUAUUUACGCCUUAAUCGGCCAAUGGGUGACAGAUGCAUUGAAUCCCAGUGUAUACACAUACGAGGUGGCACCCGUUUUUACGCUCAUGGAGGAAACGGUGCUGGCUGAAAUGCGUCGCAUUGUUGGUUUUCCUAAUGAUGGGUAUGGAGAUGGUAUCUUCUGUCCAGGUGGUUCCAUUGCGAAUGGUUAUGGAAUUAGUUGUGCGCGUUAUAAAUAUGCUCCCGAAACUAAGAAAUCUGGAUUAUAUGGUGGCAAGCAAUUGAUUAUUUUCACAUCCGAGGAUGCACACUAUUCCGUGGAAAAGUUGGCUAUGUUCAUGGGAUUCGGCAGCGAAAAUGUCUGCAAAAUUACGACAAGUAAAUUGGGUAAAAUGGAUAUUAAUGAUCUUGAGGCAAAAGUUCAGCGCUACAUAAGUGAAGGUGCGCAACCACUCAUGGUUUCAGCAACGGCCGGGACAACCGUAUUGGGUGCAUUUGAUGAUCUGAAUAGUAUAGCCGAUGUUUGUAAGAAAUACGACAUGUGGUUCCACGUUGACGCAGCGUGGGGUGGUGGAGCGCUUGUUUCAAGGAAAUAUCGUCAUUUAUUGAAUGGAAUUGAACGUUCGGAUUCUGUAACUUGGAAUCCCCACAAGCUCUUGACUGCUUCACAGCAAUGCUCAACUUUUCUGACCCGUCACAAGGAUGUUCUCAGCAGUUGUCAUUCCACAAAUGCAACAUAUCUAUUCCAAAAGGAUAAAUUCUAUGACACAUCAUACGACACAGGUGACAAACAUAUACAAUGCGGCAGACGUGCCGAUGUCUAUAAAUUUUGGUUCAUGUGGAAAGCCAAAGGUACGAAUGGCCUAGAGGAGCACGUAAACCAAGCUUUCAAAAUGUCAGAGUAUAUCACUGAGUUGAUUAAAGAGAGACCUGGAUUUGAAUUGGUAUUAGAAAAACCCGAAUGUACGAAUGUUAGCUUUUGGUAUAUACCACCCAGUUUACGGAAUUUGAAGCGUGACGAGUUGUUUAAUGCCAAAUUGAAUGCGGUCGCACCAAAGAUCAAAGAAGGUAUGAUCAAGAAAGGAUCCAUGAUGAUCACCUACCAACCGAUUCGGCAACUACCAAACUUCUUCAGAUUAGUUUUGCAAAGUUCAAGUCUUACGGAAGAGGAUAUGAAAUAUUUUCUGGAUGAAAUAGAAACUCUAGGAUGUAAUUUAUAAGUCAUAUUUGUGGAUUAAGUAUAAAUAUUUGUUAAAAUCUGCAACUACAACAACAAAAAAACUAUUAUGUGUCUGUAACUGUUUACAAACAAUGUUAUUACCUAAAUUUAUAUGAAAUUAUGUACGAGUAUUCAUAGGAGCAUGAAGUACAAUACAAUAUCUGUGUAUAUUUAAAA